UCUUGUACUGAGCCGGACACAUAUUUCAAAUUUUCAAAUUAGGUCUAAACACAAACGGCUCUUUCUCUCUCCGAACACAAACGUCUCUCUCUCACGCACACACACACAAUGGAGAAAGCAGGGGCGACGGUGAUGGAUCCAGAGACGGCGUUCUUGGCCUCGAAAGAAGAGACGGGCAACGAAUGGGAAUUAUACAAGGAGAACGUCCGGCCAUUGAAAAGAGGACGUAAUGUCACUCUUCUUAACCACGCUCUCAGAUCUCAAUCCAAUAAUCAUCUCAAGAAAUCACUUGUCGAUCAUCGAAGGAAGUUGAUUGAAGCUAUUAAUGAGUACGACGGUGAUGAUCCUCUCCACCCUUGGAUUGAGUGCAUCAAAUGGGUUCAAGAGGCUUUUCCUCCAGGGGGAGAUUGCUCGGGGCUCGUCGUGAUUUAUGAACAAUGUGUGCGUGCCUUUUGGCAUGAUACACGCUACAAGGAUGACCUUCGAUACCUCAAAGUGUGGUUGGAAUAUGCUGAGAAUUGUGUUGAUUCGGAAGUAAUAUUUAGUUUUCUGGAUGCUAAUGAAAUUGGACAGACACAUGCGAUCUUCUACAUAUCAUAUGCUUCUCAAUUGGAGGCAAAGAACAAGAUUAAAACUGCAAACGACAUAUUCAAUCGCGGUCUAUUGAGGAAUGCUCAACCAAUUGAGAAGUUGAACGAAGCAUUCAAAAAGUUUCUUGCCCGUUCAAUGAGAAGCCCUAAAGCUACAGAGGAAGAUUUUACAGAAAAUUGUCUACCAGUUCGAAGCUUUGGAACAGUCUUGGCAAAGGGAGAAAACCGUAUUCAAACAACUGGGAAUUCUGGUCUUUCUAGAAAACGGCUGAAGCAAGAUAGGGCUCAGGGAACUUCAUUAUCUGUUUACACAGAUGCCAACUCUGCUGCCAGUUUUGGUCAUCAAUCAGAGUUAUCAAAAUCAGAAGUAAAACCGUGGCACACUCUUGGACCUCGAGCAGAGAGAAAUAAAGAGAAUAAUGCCAUCCCUACCAAGUGGACAGCAAAUAAGAUCCCAAAAUUUAGUCAUACAAUUGGUGUAGCAACUGUCAAACCCUUCAUUGAAGUCUUUGUGGAUGAGGAAUGCCAAGAGACAAAUAACGCGAAUAAUAAAGAUCAGAGGCCAUCUGCCCUUCGCCUUAAAAACAAGGACAUUAAGGACCUGAAAAAGGAGACAGAACUGUUGAGAGAACGCCCCUUGCGUCAUUUUCCUCCAAGCUGUCUACCUCGAUGAUCAGUGAAUAGUGCUUUUUUAUUUGUGUUGAAUUACUACAGUCUACAUUUGAUCAGCUUUAAUCUUGAAAGCUCGAUACCCUUUCUAUUGUCAUUACAUUCGUUGCUUGAACCAUAUAUUUUUCAUGUUGUAUUGAGCAACUUUGAUGGAUU